CCCUUUAUUUUUCAAAUGACAAGAAUAACCUUGCAAGUAAAUAUAAAUUUGGCAUGAUAUCUUCUUGCUGCCAUACACCAAAACACAGAAAAAGGCAUGGCUAAUCCUCAAGAGUUGGAAGCUCUCACCAAGGCUUUCUCAGGACUUGGAGUUGAUGAGAAGUCAUUAAUAUCAAUUCUGGGAAAAUCACAUCUUGAGCAUAGGACAACAUUCAGAGAGAGAAGUCCUCACUUGUUCAUUGAAGAUGAACGUUCUUUUGAACGCUGGGAUGAUCACAGUAUCAAUCUUCUCAGGCAUGAAUUUAUGCGAUUUGAGAAUGCUGUGGUGCACUGUGCCAUGCAUCCCUGGCAAAGAGAUGCUCGUUUGGUGUAUGAGGCUUUGAGGCUUGGUCCACAAUCUUAUGGUGUGAUUGUGGAGAUUGCAUGCACUAGAUCCUCAGAAGAGUUAUUGGGAGCAAGGAAAGCCUACCAUUCCCUCUAUGAUCACUCCAUUGAAGAAGAUGUUGCCACCCAUAUCACUGGCAGUGAGCGUAAGCUCCUGGUAGCACUAGUGAGUGCGUAUAGGUAUGAAGGGCCAAAGGUUAGGGAAGACACUGCAAAAUCUGAAGCAAAAAUAGUUGCUAAUGCUAUUAAAAAUGGUGAUAAGAAAAAUCCUAUAGAGGAUGAUGAGGUGAUAAGAAUUCUAACAACAAGAAGCAAGCUCCAUCUCAAGGCUAUUUACAAACAUUACAACGAAGUUUCUGGCAAAAGCAUCCAUGAGGAUCUUGAAGCUGCUGACUUGAUUUUAAAGGAGACAGUUGAAUGCUUAUGUACUCCUCAUACAUAUUUCAGCAAGGUAAUAGAUGAGGCAAUGAGAAAUGAUGCAGAUCACAACACCAAAAAUUCACUGACAAGAGUAAUUGUUACCAGAGCAGAUGUGGAUUUGAAAGAGAUUAAAGAAGGGUACAAUAGCUUAAACGGAGUCCCCCUUUCCCAGAAAAUUGAAGACAAUGCAAAUGGGAACUAUAAGGAUUUCUUGCUUGCCUUGAUAACAAAAGACUAAUUGGAGGAGUUAAGGAUGAGAACAGAAACUGAAAUUAAGAGGAAUUUGGUGAAAUGAUUGAAUUCUGGCUUCAAUGGUUAUGUUCUUAUCUUCACCUACGUUUUUCCCUUCAUCUGUGUUUCAUGAAAUGUUGCCUUGUGUGUGUAUGAGUUGUGGUUAAAAAGAACCUAAAUAAACUGUAACUCUUCUUUC